GCUGAACCCGCCCUCAUUGCAGAUGAAAGGGAGGCCGUGCAGAAGAAAACCUUCACCAAGUGGGUGAACUCGCACUUGGCUCGUGUGACCUGUCGCAUCUCGGACCUCUACAUGGACCUCCGGGACGGGCGAGUGCUCAUCAAGCUGCUGGAGGUGCUGUCAGGAGAACUUCUGCCCAAGCCGACGCGGGGCCGGAUGCGCAUCCACUCGCUGGAGAACGUGGACAAGGCGCUGCAGUUCCUGAAGGAGCAGAGGGUGCACUUGGAGAACAUGGGCUCGCAUGACAUCGUGGAUGGCAACCACCGCCUGGUCCUCGGCCUCAUCUGGACCAUCAUCCUGCGCUUCCAGAUCCAGGACAUCAUUGUGGAGACACAGGAGGGCCGGGAGACACGCUCUGCACGGGAUGCGCUGCUGCUCUGGUGCCAGAUGAAGACAGCGGGGUACCCCCAUGUCAACGUCACCAACUUCACCUCGAGCUGGAAGGAUGGGCUGGCCUUCAACGCCCUCAUCCACAGGCACAGGCCUGAGCUGGUUGACUUCCAAAACCUGACCAAAUCCAACGCGCGGCACAACCUGGAGCACGCGUUCAGUGUGGCCGAGCGGCACCUUGGCAUCACCCCACUGCUUGACCCUGAAGAUGUAUUCACGGAGAACCCUGAUGAGAAGUCCAUCAUCACCUACGUGGUGGCCUUCUACCACUACUUCUCCAAGAUGAAGGUGCUGGAGGUGGAGGGCAGGCGCCUGGGCAAGGUCAUUGAGCAUGCCAAGGAGACCGAGAGGAUGAUUGAGGGCUACGGAGGGCUGGCUUCGGACCUUCUCACCUGGAUUGAGCAGACCAUCGCCUCCCUCAACAGCCGCAGCUUUGCCAACUCACUGGCUGGGGUGCAGCACCAGCUCCAGGCCUUCAGCACCUACCGCACCGUGGAGAAGCCCCCCAAGUUUCAGGAGAAGGGGAACCUGGAGGUGCUGCUCUUCACCAUCCAGUCACGGAUGAGAGCCAACAACCAGCGUGUCUACACCCCACAUGAAGGGCGCCUGGUGUCCGACAUCAACCGGGCCUGGGAGCAGCUGGAGAAGGCGGAACACGAGCGGGAGCUGGCGCUGCGCAACGAGCUCAUCCGGCAGGAGAAGCUGGAGCAGCUCGCGCGGCGCUUCGACCGCAAAGCGGCCAUGAGGGAGGCUUGGCUGAGCGAGAACCAGCGCCUGGUGGCACAGGACAACUUUGGCCAUGACCUGCCUGCGGUGGAGGCGGCCAAGAAGAAGCACGAGGCCAUUGAGACGGACACGGCUGCCUAUUAGGAGAGGGGAACAGACCACGAUUUUGUACAAGCCAUCGAGGCGGUGGCCAAGGAGCUGGAGGCAGAGGGGUACCACGACAUCCAGCGCAUCAACAAGCGCAAGGACAACAUCCUGCGGCUCUGGGAGCAGCUCCAGGAGCUUCUGGCUGCCCGGCGGCAGCGCUUGGAGAUGAACCUCACCCUGCAGCACCUCUUCCAGGAGAUGCUCCAUUGCAUUGACUGGAUGGAUGAGGUCAAGGUGCAACUGGCGUCACCGGAAUCUGGGAAGCACCUUCUGGAGGCCGAGGAGCUGCUGCAGACCCACCGGAUGCUGGAGACCGACAUGGCCCUGCAGGCAGAGAAGACACGG